AUGUCAAUCCGGCUGUUGAUUCAUCCUCGGGAUCAAUCUUUUGAUCGCACCCUUCAUAACCAACCAGUCUUGAUUUCUGGAAAUACUUCAAUUACUGCACUUACUUUUUCUGACCUUCGAGUUAAUUCUAAAUCUGUUUCACCUAUUCUUAGAAUGAGUGAUAUCGAACAUCGGCUUGGUCCCGUUGGACGUUCUUGGUGGGCAGGUCGAUCUGGAGGUCAUCUACCAAAUGCAGUUUGGCGAGAAAGGUUUGGAGAUCGAUCAACAAGUCAGGCAUCAGAUCAAUUACCACAUUCAUCUGCCCACGGUCAUCGAUCUGGAUCAAUGGGAAAAUUAGAAGAUAAUUGA